AGCAGACAUCCUGCCAGCAGACACACAAUGCCUCUGACUCUGCUGCUUCUCCUUCCCAUACUGAGCCCUGCGCUGGCUUGGCUCCCGGUGGAAGACUGGGAGUCAGGGAACGUGACCACAUCUGGUGGAAGAGAUGAGUGUGUUUGCAGUGUGUUCCUGCCCGACAGCAACUUCCCCGCUGACCGAGUGGAACACAUGCAGCAGGUUACCACUGACCUGAGGCUGGAGGUGGAGAUCCACAUGAAUAAACUCACCCAUGACGGAGGCAAACUGGAUAUCUUCUUGGCAGAACUGAUGGACCUGACUGUGAGAGUGGCCAUGCUGGAGAGCAGCCCCGACAACUACAUCAAACUGGACUUUGAGCUGCUCAGGAUUGAGCUCCAAGAGUUCGAGGCUCUGGUGUCUCAGCUCAGAGACUCCCUCAACUCCACCUCGCCCAUGCUCGACAGUCUGUACACUGAGAUCCACAACAUGACCCUCAUCGUGAACCAACUGGAGACGUUCGACAAGAGCAACCUGGAGGUGAUCCGCAUUGAGUUUGCUAAGCUGCAGAAGAAGCUGCAGGAGUGCCAGAAGGAGCAGGAGUUCAUCAAGCCAGAUAUUGGCAACUGCAAUCACACAGGAAUAAUGAGCAUCAGCAAGCCUAUUGUCACCCAACUGAAUGCUCAUCUGAACCCAGGGUACCUGUAUGGGGGCUGGGGUAAAGACUCCAAACCAGUUCGAAGCUAUGAGUCAAUGUACUGGUACGGUGCGUACAGCAGCCCCUCUGUGUAUGAGUUCUACUUGUAUUCUAAUUAUGACAAACUCAUUCAGAGAUCCUCCUUCACACACCACACUCUGCCACAAGGUUACCAAGGCAGUGGUAAUAACUACAUUGUCCAUGGUAACACUGUGUAUUACCAGGCUGCCAACCCAUUCAGAAUGUCCAAACUAAACCUGACGUCCUCUGUGUAUAGUCACAGACAAAUCACAAAAGCAAGCGAAAGAUUCACCUACACGUAUUCACCAAACCAGUACCUGGACUUCUCAGCUGAUGAGAAAGGAUUGUGGGUAAUGUAUGCCACAGAGGAGGCCAAGGGUAAAAUUGUCAUUGCUAAGAUAGAUGAGAAAUCAUUCGGUAUUGAGGAUGAAUGGACCACUGGUGCCUAUAAGCCUCAGGUAGGGAAUGCUUUCAUGGUGUGUGGAGUUAUGUAUGCCACCAGGCCUGGAGAUCUGAACACAGAGGAGAUCUAUUACUCAUAUGACACCAAGACUGGAGAGGAGAAAUACAUGAGUAUUCCCUUUCAGAAGUUCCAGGAGAACUUUGUCAACCUGCACUACAAUCCCACCGAUCAGAGGCUUUACAUGUACAACAACGGCUAUUAUGCGUCCUACCAUGUGAGGUUUAACAAAGGAUGAUGCCUCUUGUUUUUGAUCUGCCGUAUUGUGAUUGAUACAAAUGAUCUUCUUUACUGACUUUCUUAGCUAUCUGUGUACUUUUGAACUGUACUUUUCAUUUCUGAAAUAAAAUCAAAAUUGAGCAUUCAAA